UGGCAGGCAUCGUUGAGAAUUCUCCCCUGUUAGUGGAUGUCAUGCUGAAGCAUCUGCUGAAGGGGACGUGGGAGACUUUGGCGCCCUUUUGGAGUGCGGAGAAAGAGUUUACUCUCGGAGGUUUGAAGCCGUUGAGGAACGACGCUGACGUUAAGGGUUAUAACCAAUUACAUCCCUCACAACCAUUCCUCACUCUUUUUCCAGUAGGAAAGAGGUGAGGGAUGUUCUGAAGAAUGUAAUUGUGCAACCUUUAAUGACGAAGUGAAAAUACAUCGGAUGUCCAUGUCCUCUAGUGACCUCCGCAUACUCCGUCGACUAGAUGACUUGGACCGCGUCUCAAGGGGGCUGCCGCGCCACAAUGACUUACCAAGGGAAGAGCCGCGGCAGGUACGGGAAGACAAAAAUUUGUUGGAGAAG